AGUGAGAGUGAAGACGGUGAACUUUACGAUAAUCACGAGCAAGCCUGCAAAAAAUUCUUCAAUAUCCAGAAAAGCUUUCCCUCUACAGCCGCAGCGAAAUUGGACGGGCUAAAAGGUAAAAAAGGAGAGGUUUAUGAUAUUACAGGGCUGAAUGCACUCAAUGUUAUUGCAAUGAUUGCAAGCAUCAUAAACAACCGCGAUAAGUGGAAAACAAACAAAAUUUUUUACUUUUUGAUUACUAAAAGCAGCAAACUUUUUAAAAUAAAAGCACUACCAUCAGAUGAUCAACCAGGAAAUGGCUUGGUUUACCCCAUGUUUCUUAAUAAUGGAAAGUACGUUGAAGAAAAGUCGACGCCUGACUAUGAGGGUAUAACAAAAGAGCUAUGUGAAGCAAAAACAUCUAUUCAAGAGUUCGCCGAAGCCAUCCAGAAACUGUUCAAGAACAAUCUCUGCUUUACGCAUGACGAACCGGCAAUUGGGGCGACAGCAAGUCCAGGGAAAACUGAUUAUGACGAUUUGCCACAAAGAAUGUCACGAGUUUCGUUGGAUCCUUCCAAGAAAUUAUUGUUUGAAAAAGUAUACUUCCUUUUACUGUUUGAAAUUGCAAGGCGGCUUUCUGGGAGUAAUAAUAAGACGGAUGAAGGAGAACAGCUAGAUAAUCUGCCUGUCGGAAGCGCAAUUGCAAGGAAAAUAUUACUCGCCCUGGAUGUUAAAAAUAAAGAAGACGGAGAGAAGACAGAAAUCUUGAAAAAGGAAUUAACAUCGCUAUUUGAUUGCUUCAAGUAUGAUGCGUCAACCAGGAAAGACUAUAUCAAAGAAAUAAUCAAAUAUCCUGCUCCAAAUCACCUUUCGUGCGAAGCAGAACUGUCGUAUAUGUUUCUCUGAUCCUAGUCCCGCGUGGACGUCGAAUUCAAACUUCCUUUCUUAAAGAUCUGAGAAAACUCAUGAAAGAACAUAUUUGCUGGAAGGAUGAUGAGUACAAUUCAAUGAAUCACUUCAUGAUGCAGUCCAUAUAGUGAAAAUCAACAGUGUGAAACAUUUAUAAAAUAUGCAUGCUUUAUUUAUGUGGUUUCAAAAGGAAGGUUUUCGUUAACAUGAACUUGUGAACUUUAAAACUGUUGAACAUGGCAGAGAGAAUACACAGAAUUAAGAUGUUUCUCCGAAAACGACACGGGAAAGGUUAGUUCGUGCAUUUGAGAAACCUGAUGAAGACUACUUGGAAAUGGCAGACACGUCCUACCAAUGAUUCCCAUGGCUGUAUAACAAUUUAUACGAACUAACCUUUCUCUGCCUUGUCUUCUUAUGACAUCGGUCUUCUGCGCAUUCUUUCUGCGACGUUUAACAGUUUUAGGUUCACAAGUUCAACACGGUUUAAAUACACUCGUAUUAACGAAAACCUCCUGUUGGGUGUUGUUUGCUUUUUGUUUAUUUCAUGUAAAUUGCGUAUAUUCAUUUGUUAGUUUGUUAGUUUGUAUGCCGCAUGAUGUAGUUAAAACUGCUAUUCCAAAAAGAUUGUAGUUAAGACAGCUAUUCCAAAACGCUAAACUCGCUGAUUAUUCCGCAUGCCAAACUCAGUGUCUUUUUAGUUAUAGCGUUGAUCACCUUGUAUAUUGGCAAUAAUAAUUUAUAGUCUUAGUGCAUGUUAUGCUCAGUAUAAGUACUCGUUGAUUA